GGUGAGGCUGAGGGGGUGGACGUAUCGCUGUGGCUCUGGCUAGCACGAGUAGCUGUUAAAUAAGCAACUAAGCGAUUAAGAUGGCGGCCAAGGCUGAUGACGACCCGCCCGCCUACCACACCGUGUACCCGGGCAGGUCCCUGACUACCAAAAGCACCACACCGCCGAGGACUGAAGAGGAAGAGGGAGAGGAGAAGGUUGAGAAAAGGUUGAAGGAAGUAAAACAAGAGAGUAAAACACCAAAAGACAUCGACGUAAAGAAAGAGGACGAGGAGAGCCGCCUGCACAGAGGGUGCUCUCGAGAUGACCUGACGAAGACCACGAGAGGGAUCAUAAAGCAGGCCUCUGAUAUGACCCAGGGAGCCCAGGAUGCGCUAGUGGAGUUCUGCAACAAGACGACAGCUCACGGCUUUAACCACAUCGUGAAGGAAGAGCAACACCUCCUCCUUCGACUCUUCUGGCUCUUCGUCACUAUGACAGGAUUGGUGCUGCUUCUGUCUGCGUGUUACGACGUGACCUACUCUGCCCUGGUGACCCGGCGGCCUUCCACCCAGGUCAUCUACCACGACCUGCACAGCUCGGGUAUGAGGGUCCCCUUCAUGACCAUCUGCAGCCUCUCGGGGUUUUGGAAGUCCAAGAUGAAGAAGUACAACGUCAGCAAAACCUUAGCCUCCUACCUACAGCUGGCCAUCCGGGGCCCUGAUGUUGCCAAUCCUUGGUUCGACUCCCGGCGCAGGGAGGUCCUCAACGACGAGCUGGACGACUACUUGAAGGUGAACAACCUAACGCUGAGCGAGAUGGUCACCCUGUUGUCCCCCUCGUGUGAAGAGGUGAUCGUAGGAUGUUUCAGCCCUCGUAAGGAUCGCUACAGCAAUGAAUGCUGCCGGGACCUGUUCAGCCCCACCAUCACGACGCUGGGGUUGUGUUACACCACACUGACGCAGGGCGCCACCCUCCACCUCAACCAGUCCAUAACUGGGCUCAUAGGCGGCCACAGGAUCCUUUCCUGUUAACAGUCAAGAAUAUAUGGAGUACGAUACUAACGUGGUGUCGACGAUCACCCUGGCUGAGGAAGGAAUCCACGUCUCGCUCUCCAACUUUGACCUAACCCCCACCGUCGCCACCAACAUGCAGGCCCUACGCAUCUCCCCCAACACCGCUGUGUCCGUCGCCCUCUCCGUCACAACGGUGGGUCUUUAAGGCCACUUUAUGGGGCUGGGGACUGGAGGAGUAAUGUGGGGCUCAAAGGGAAGUUGGACCGUAGUGAGCGGUACCUGGGGGUGUGGCCGUGGUCUCGUUCCACCUGUGUGACGGAGCAACAAUUCUGGGAGAUGAAGGAGGAGGAGAAGGCCCUUACCGGGUCCAACUUGUACUACCACAUCCGCUACAGAACCUGCCCCCUCGCCCUCACCAACUGCUCCACUCUACCCUACAGGUUCCCUAACGACACAACAGAUGAGUGUGGGCCUAAGGACGUCCUCAACCAUAGGAACAAGGAGGACAGGAUGGAGACGUGUCUUCUGGAGCACCUCAAACUCAACACCAGCUGGAACAAGCUGUGUCAGACCACAUCCAUCACCCAACAACAGAGCUUCACCACACUACUGAAGGAAACAUUGCAGGCACAGGAAGGCGUCUCUAUCACCAA